CUACUUCCUGUUGUCAGUAGGCUAGAGGCCUCUGUUGAGGAUUUGGUGUUGCCCCGGCCGAGAGGACCCCCUUCCAGCUUCCCGCUCGCCUUGGUAUCAUGUGAUUGUCCUUGGAAGCUGCUGCAUGAGUGGAAAUGCUCUCAGUGGUGGAGAAUGGACUAGAUCCCCGGGCUGCCAUCCCGGUCAUCAAGAAGAAGCUAGUGGGAUCCGUGAAGGCCUUGCAGAAGCAGUAUGUGUCCUCGGACACCGUGGUCACCAGCGAAGACGGAGAUGCCAACACCAUGUGCAGCGCCCUGGAGGCCGUGUUUAUCCAUGGCCUGCACGCCAAGCACAUCCGAGCUGAGGCCGGAGGGAAGAGGAAGAAGAGAGCCCACCAGAAGCCUCUGCCUCAGCCUGUCUUCUGGCCGCUCCUGAAAGCUGUCACCCACAAACACAUCAUUUCGGAAUUGGAGCACCUGAUCUUUGUCAGCACAGACGUGGGCCGCUGCCGGGCCUGGCUGCGGCUGGCCCUCAACGACGGCCUGAUGGAGUGCUACCUAAAACUGCUCCUCCAGGAGCAGGCCCGGCUGUGCGAGUACUAUCAGCCCACCGCCCUCCUUCGAGAUGCUGAGGAGGGCGAGUUCCUCCUCAGCUUCCUGCAGGGGCUAACAUCCUUAUCCUUUGAACUCUCCUAUAAGUCCGCCAUCUUGAACGAGUGGACGCUUACCCCACUGGCCCUCUCUGGGCUUUGCCCACUCUCUGAGCUCGACCCCCUCACUACCUCUGGUACAGAACUGCAGCGGAAGGAGUCUCUGGAUUCUACUUCCCAUUCCUCAGGCUCAGAAGACAUCGAAGUCCAGCACUCAGGCCAUAAGAUCCGACGGAACAGGCAGCUCACUGCCUCCUCCCUCAGCCUGGACACGGCCAGUUCGUCCCAGCUGUCCUGCAGCCUAAACUCCGAUAGCUGCCUACUCCACGAGAGUGGCUGCAAGAGUCCAGACCGUUCUGAGGAGCCCAUGUCCUAUGACUCAGACCUGGGGACAGCAAAUGCCGAUGAUUCAGACCCGUCUCUGCAAGAGGUGUUGUCGGAAUUCAGCAAAGCCCAGGUACACUGCGUGCCAACCAACGGACUGAGCGGAGAACUGGAGAUCCCCACACUGCAGGCCUCACUGUCCCUUCGUGGCCUCUGCCUGGACACCAGCACACACGCGCACUUUGAUGUGCCUGCCCAAGCAGCCUCUGGGACUCGAGACGGUGGCCACAAGCAGGGGCCACUUUCCCAGGCACCUGGCACCCUGGGUUUGCAGUGUCUGGGCACUGCCCAGGCUGUCCCUUCAAGGAGCACUUCAGCCCAGCAGCCUUCUAGUCUUGUGAGAGAGACGACCAGAGCCGUCGGCCAGGGGAGUGGCCAGCAGAAGCCUUCAGUGGAUGACGGAGCCGUACUGAGCUUUGUGCUUUCCUCACCCACCAGUCCGAAAAGCAAGAGCUGGAUCUCAGAAGAUGACUUCUACCGGCCUCCCCAGGAACCACCCACAGAGAGCCCUUCACAUGGCUCCGUAGCUUCUUCCAGAGGGUCUCCAGAGUCAAGGCCUGGUCUCCUCAGGCAGAUUUCUCAAGGACCAAGAAAGAGCUCCUCCAUGGGAGCCUUAGACAAGGCUUGUGUGCCUUCUCCAGAAAGCGGGCAAAGCAAGGCAGCCGCGACGCAGGAGCAUAAGAACUUCCGGGUGGUGCACCGCCGGCAGAUGGGGCUAUCCAACCCUUUCCGGGGUCUCAUGAAGCUGGGCACGGUGGAGCGGCGGGGGGCAAUGGGCAUCUGGAAGGAACUCUUCUGCGAACUCUCCCCGCUGGAGUUCCGCCUCUACCUGAGCGACGAGGAACGCACCUGUGUGGAGAACUGCUCCCUGCUGCGCUGUGAGGCUGUGGGGCCGGCCCACAGCGAUGGCCGCUUUGAGCUGGUCUUCUCCAGCAAGAAACUGACCCUGCGCGCCUCCUCCCAGGAUGAGGCGGAGGACUGGCUGGACCGGGUGCGGGAGGCCCUGCAGAAAUGCCGGCCCCAGCAGGAGGACGAAUGGGUGAACAUCCAGUACCCAGAGCUGCCGGAUGAUCCCCCAAAGGGCCCCCAGGAUGGCCUCCCCUCCCACUCGGACCUGCUCACAGAGCCCGAGACCCUCCAGGACAUGAAAUUGGACUGGUCCUUUGCCCAAGUUCCCGAGCCAGACGCUAUUAAAGAAUCCCUCCUGUACCUGUAUUCGGACAGGACCUGGACGCCCUAUAUUUUCUCUCUGUCCUUAGAGUCUCUGAAAUGCUUCCGUGUGAGAAACAACGAGAAGAUGUUAAGCGACAGCCAUGGAGUCGAGACCAUCCGAGAUAUUUUGCCAGACACAAGCCUCGGGGGUCCGUCCUUCUUCAAAAUCAUCACAGCCAAGGCCAUCCUGAAACUGCAGGCCAGCAAUGCCGAGGAGGCCGCCCUGUGGAGGGAUCUGGUGCGCAAGGUCCUGGCAUCCUACCUGGAGACGGCCGAGGAGGCAGUGACCCUGGGUGGGAGUCUGGAUGAAAACUGUCAGGAGGUGCUGAAGCUCGCCACGAGGGAGAAUGGCUUCCUGCUGCAGUACCUGGUGGCCAUCCCCACGGAGAAGGGCCUUGACUCCCAGGGCUGCUUCUGUGCAGGCUGCUCCCGGCAGAUCGGCUUCUCAUUUGUACGACCCAAGCUCUGUGCCUUCUCUGGCCUCUAUUACUGUGACAUCUGCCAUCAAGAUGAUGCCUCAGUGAUUCCGGCCAGGAUCAUCCACAACUGGGACCUCACCAAGCGCCCGAUCUGCCGGCAGGCCCUGAAGUUCCUGAUGCAGAUCUGGGCCCAGCCCCUCAUCAACCUGCAGCUGGUGAACGCGUCUCUGUACGAGCACGAGGAGCGGAUGCAUCUGAUCGGGAGGAGCCGAGAGCAGCUGAAGCUUCUGGGGGAUUACCUGUGCCUGUGCCGAAGUGGAGCCUUAAAGGAGCUAAGCAAGCGGAGCAGUCCCGCCCCUUUCUCCCUGGCCCUGCUGUUCUCAUCCUUGGGCAGCAGCCCUGUACACCUACUACGUGCCCGGCCUAGCACAGCCUGCCUGUGGGCUCUGGUCACGAACACUGGCUGGCCUCAGGCCCCAGGGAGGCUUCUGGCACGUUGGCACAAGAUGUACUUGCUGCUUUCUCCCAGGUGUGGCGAAUGCAAGACCGUCUUCCACCAGAGCUGCCAGGCUGUGGUGAAAAAGGGCUGCCCCCGCUGUGCCCGCCGGCGCAAGUACCAAGAACAGAAUACGCUCACCUAACCCAGUCUCCUGUCCCCACCCCGGAGACCUUGGGGUGCGGAUUCAGCUCAGCCAUCCCAGCUGGACUUGCCAUCAGCCCUGGCUACUCUCGCAACGUGUCACAGCUGUCUCCCUUGUCAGGAAGAUUCUCAGAUGUGACCAGAGCAUAAGCCUACCAGAGGGAGCCCUCGAUGAUGUCCCCAUACCCCCAUAUCUGCUCCAGGAGAUGGGGACACCAACAGAUGCCUCCUGUCUGGGGUGCCGGGGGAGGGGGCUUUGCACUAAUCAGCCCCAGCUCACCUCACUGGCAUGGCGCCUCCUUCAGGACUGUUCACACACUGUGGAAACAAGAUUUGGGGCACAUUUUCAAUUCCACAUUCCUAAAAGGUCUAGUUUUUUAAGGUGGGUUUUUUUUCCCUUCACAUUUGAACAGAAAAUAUUUUUUUAUUCUGAACCCUCCACAAGUCACCUAAGAAAUCCAGGCAUUCUCAUGCUGAGCAAGUGUGCAGGAACCGCUCAGGCCUGGUCUGCAGGUGGGUGGAUGGCUGGGCGAGCAGGCCACCCCUGGGACAGAGCUCGUCAGCUGGACCGGGUGCCUUUCCUUCACCCUCACCAGGCGCUUGCUGCCAACAGCUCAAGUGCAAUGUGCCAAACUGCCCAUGGGGCCAGGCGUGGUCAGUCCUGGUGACCACCUGCUUCCUCUUCCUGUCUACUCCCUGCCCCCGUCCUCCCCACCCGAAAAGCCCAUCACCUUUCUCCUCAGAGCCCCCUGGCUCUUCUGUAGCCUGGAGCUUGGUCCCUGCAGGAGACAGGGAAUGACUUGGAACCAGCACUGUCAGCACUUUGCGCCUUCCUUGGUCCAGGGAAGGGUCGUCAUCUUGCCCUCCCCUGAGCCCCACGCCCUCCUCACUCCUACAACACACAAGCGGCCAGACCAGGGUGGGGGCUGCAGAUGAUCUCGGGGGACCCACCUCCAUCUGAUGGACCCCUAGGACAGAGGUAGGCUGGGCCCACAGAGGGCAGCAAGCCCAGGCCAGGGACCAGCCUCUGUACCAUGACUGCCAGGCCCCACACUGGAGCAGUGACCCUGUCCUUCCACCAAGAGUGCCAGCCCUGUUGCUGAGAUGGGCAGGUACCUGUGGGAGAAGUCACCUCGUGGAAGGAUGCUUCAUCUCAGUUUACAAAGCCAUGAAUUCACACAGCUUUGCUGGCCUGGCCCAGGAGGGUCAUUGCCAGAGAC